GCUUGAUCGUGAUCUCCUGCUAUGAGGGCACGCUGAACAUCAGCACAGAUGGCUGCUCGCCAAGGCGGUGCCAGCCCUCCCAAUCCAUCACGGUGCGCUUGGGGGAAGACUCGGUCAGUGCUUCCCCUUUGAACAUCAUUGCCAGCGGUGGUCAAGAGGUGCGGCUAUGCCGCAAUCUGAACCCUAUCUUUCGGAACACAUACAUCAUGUACUGCAACUUUGGCGAGGUGACCGUCGACACCCGUGAGUGUGUUACACAGCCUCGGCCCAAGUUCACACAUGCACUUGCUUCGGCCGAGCACUAUGCCUAUGCAUUGGCAAUCAUUUUCGCCUUUUAG